CUAUAUGCUUUGCUUUCCUCUCCGUUAUUUUCUCACACUUUCUUUGUAAACUUCUUGUUUUUUUUCUCAAGGAAAAAGGAAGCAUCAAACAGCUAGUAAUCAUGAUUGGGUUCGCGCUGACAGCCUUGGGAUGGCUCGUGGAGAACUUCAUAUCUGCCUUGGUCGGGAAGGCCGCCGAUCGCGCUGUUCAACAGUUCGGUGAGCAGCAUGGAGUUGAACAUGACCUCCAGAAGCUGCACGAUUCUGUCACUCAUGCCAGGUUUACCAUCAGCACCAUCGAGAGCUUGCGGAUCAAAGAUGAGGGCCUGCAGCAGAGAUUGAAGGAGUUGCUGAUACACCUCAAGGAUGCUGCUUACGAUGCUGAUGACUUAUUGGAUGAAUUCCAAUACAGAAUUCUGAAGCAGCAGAUCGAGCAACAAGCAGAUGAGGCUGGUAACCGAGCAUCGUCUUCCUCCUACUCCACUCCCCCUUCGAGCAAAAAGAUAAAAACUUCAUUUUCUAGUUACACCAGUGGCCUUUUCGGAAAAGGGGAUGAUGACGACGACGAUGUACUGAGAGUGAGGAAAAUAAAAGGGAGGGUAGAUGACAUUUCAGUUGCUUUUGAGAAAAUUUACAGUUUGCUAGACGCAGAAGAUGAUAGAGGAAAGAAACAAUUGAUGUCCCCGGCGAGCCGGCACACGAGCUCCUUUUCGACCGAGCCUCAAUUGUUUGGCAGGGACGAAGAGCUGCAAGAACUCAAGGAUUUGUUGUUGGAAUCAGAAGUUGCAUUCGGCCAAAGUGGAUUCUCUGUUUUGACAAUUGACGGUAUUGGAGGGAUUGGAAAGACCACUCUGGCUCAAGAAGUCUUCAAUGACUGUAGCAUAGAAGAAUACUUUAAACUUAGAAUUUGGAUUUGUGUUUCUGAAAAUUUCUGCACAGAUAGGUUGACCAGAGAGAUUAUAGAGUAUACAACCAAGGAAAAGUGUAAUGUCCCGAAUUUCCCUGCUCUUCAAGUGGUUCUCAAAGAGAAGAUCACGCCAGAGAGAUUUCUUCUUGUAUUGGAUGAUGUGUGGAAUGAGGACAAGCACAAAUGGGAGAGCCUCUGUGCACCAUUGAGGUCUGGAAAGCCUGGUAGCAAAAUAUUGGUAACAACUCGCUCUAGGAAGAUUGCUGACAUGGUUGGUGAUGUGGAUGCCAUUCAUCUGGAAGGUUUGGAUGAGGAGAGUUUCUGGGAAUUUUUCAAGAAAUGUGCAUUUGGUUCUUCAAAUAGUGGAGUUCAUCAACCUCAUUUGGAAGCCAUGGCGAAGAAGAUGAUUUGCAAGUUAAAGGGAUUGCCGCUUGCAGCAAAGACUCUAGGAGGGUUGUUGAGCAUGAAGUUGGAUGAGCAAUACUGGAAAAGCAUUUUAGAUAGUGAAAUAUGGCAGCUACCCCAAGAAGAAAAUGGGAUUAUGCCAGUGCUACAACUGAGCUAUCAAUAUCUUCCUUCUCAUCUUAAGCAAUGCUUUGCAUUUUGCUCCUUAUUUCCUAAAGAUUAUAGAUUUUCAGAAUCUGAGUUGAUCAGGAUUUGGAUUGCAGAAGGAUUCAUAAUGCCUCAAGGAAGUAUCAGAAUGGAGGAGCUAGGAAGAAACUACUUUCAUGAGUUAGUUAACAGGUCAUUCAUUCAAAAGUCUAAGGAUAGAGAAUUUAUAAUGCAUGACCUCAUACAUGAUCUUGCAGAACUCAUAUAUGUGGGCGAGUCUUACAGGAUUGAAGAAGGCAAGUCCCAUGAAAUUCCUAGUACCAUUCGUCAUCUUUCAAUGCACGUAGAGAAGGAAGGUAUGCAGGCAAGAUGUUUAUCAGAAUUCUCUCAUUACAAUAAAUUACGAACCUUAAUGUUGUCAGUAUCAUACAUUUGCAAGAGUUUUAUACUUGAUUGUGGUGUUUUGGAAAAAUUAAAAAAGAUUCGUGUUCUUAUCUUGAGGAAUUGUGCCUUGGAAGAGCUGCCUGAUAAUAUUGGCAAAUUGAUACAUCUCCGCUAUCUUAAGUUAUCCUACAAUUACAACAUUAGAAGGUUGCCUGAGGCAUUAUGCAACUUGUACAAUCUACAGUCAUUGAUCUUACAAAAUUGUGCUUUGGAAGAGUUGCCUAACAGUAUUGGCAAGUUGAUACAUCUUCGCUAUCUUGACUUAACAUACAAUCGCAACAUUCAAAGGCUACCUGAGUCAUUAUGCGACUUGUACAAUUUGCAAACAUUGAUAUUAUGGAAUUGUGCUUUGAAAGAGUUGCCUAAUAGUAUUGGCAAGUUGAUACAUCUUCGCUUUCUUAAGUUAUACUACAAUUACAACAUUAGAAGAUUGCCGGAGUCAUUAUGUGACUUGUACAAUUUGCAAUCAUUGAUAUUACAAAAUUGUGCUUUGGAAGAGUUGCCUAACAGUAUUGGCAAGUUGAUACAUCUCCGCUAUCUUGACUUAUCCGGAAAUAACAAUAUUAGAAGGUUGCCUCAGUCAUUAUGUGACUUAUAUAAUCUGCAAACAUUGGUAUUAUAUAGUUGUGAUAACUUAGAAAGUCUCCCACAUGAUAUGAUGAAGUUGACCAACUUGAGAAAACUUGCCGGAGCAGACAAAUUUAUUCCUGGGAUAACAAAGGUCGGGAAUCUUACUUCUCUUCAGAAUUUAUCUCUUUUCAAAGUGCUCAAGGAUAAUGGACACAAACUUGCUGAAUUAAACGGUUUAAAACAGCUCCAAGGAGGACUAUGCAUAACUAAUCUUGAGAAUGUGGAGAACAAGGACGAAGCAAAUAUUGCAAAUUUGAAGAGUAUAGAACACCUUGAUAGUUUGGUGCUAGAAUGGACAUCUUUGCAAGAAUUCGAUUUAGACAUUAAUUUGCACAUCUCAGAGCAGGUGCUUGAAGGUCUGCAGCCACAUCACAACCUACAAUGGUUGACAAUCAGAGGAUAUAAUGGUGCUAGACCUCCCAAUUGGCUACAGAAACAAGUAUAUUCUAGAUUGGAAACUCUAGAACUUCAAAAUUGUAAAAAUUGGAAUGAUCUAUCUGUUAUAGGGCAACUAUCACAGUUAAAGUACCUGUACCUUGGGAGAAUUCCAGUCCAUACCCAAAAUUUACACAGAUUAUUCGAUCCAAAAGACUGCAAGUUCUUCUCCCAACUAGAAGAUUUGGUACUAGAGGGCAUUACCAUGUUGGAGGAUCUCCCAAAUCUUGGACAACUUCCAUGCCUCAAGUCUCUUGGCAUUCGGAGUUUGCCGGCUGUGAAAAUCAUAGGCGAUAGAUUCUUUGCAGGAGCAGAAGAAGACAGUUGUUUUCCAAGAUUACAUACUCUUCGUUUUGAUGACAUGCCAGCAUGGGAAGAGUUCUUUUGCUCCAAUGAUAGAAAUCUAUUUCUCUACUUGGAUUUUCUGGAUAUUUCAAAUUGCCAAAAGCUACGGAUGUUACCUCCCCUUCCUCCUUCAAUAACACGCCUAAAAUUAAAUAACGUUGGGCUGGUAGAUUUUCCAAGAUUCUGGAAAGCAAUUGAUGAAUGUAGCAGCAUAACUAAUUCUGCAUUUGUUACAGAGUUGCCUAUUCAGGAAUGUCCAAAUUUGACAAGUCUAGAACAAGGGUUACUACCACACCACCUACAGCAGAUUCAUAUACAGAAAUGUGAACAACUGUUGUGGGUGCCAGUCAAAAGGUUGAAAGAGCUUACUUCUUUAUGGUCAUUGUCAAUAAAAGAGUGCCCGAAGCUCAUGAGCAUGACACAAGAUCAGGACAUUGAUUUCCAACUCCCGCCAUCAAUUACACAGCUAUGUUUGUCUGAUUGUGGAAAUCUUUCCAAAUCACUGCCUGGCUGCCUGCAUAACCUGACCUCAUUGCGUGACUUGGAGAUAAGCAAUUGUCCCAAUCUAGUUUCUUUACCAGUAGAACAAUUGCUUAAUUUGGAUAGUGUAACAAUUAAGAAUUGCACUGAGUUGAGAUUAGAAAGGCUACAAAUAAAAUCCCUCCAGAAAUUGAAGAUUGCAGGAUGUCCCAAGCUUCUACUUUCUCAAGGAGAGGCACAAACAGAGAAAUUGUCACUGCAGAGGUUAGAUAUUGAUGACACGGCGUUUAUGAAACAAUCUCUCAUAAAAAAUUCACUGUCAUCUGUAACGCAUCUUAGAAUCUCAUCCUCUUGUGAAGUGACAAUGUUUGACAGGGAAGAUCAGGAGUCAUUGCAAAGCUUGACAUCUCUCUAUUCGUUAUAUUUCUCCGAUUGCAAGAAUCUACAAUCCCUGCCAACAAAAUUAUACACCCUUACAUCCCUUCAGUUCUUGCGGAUACAUAAUUGCUCACAAAUUCAGUCUCUGCCAGAGAAGGGGUUACCUCCCGCCCUCACAGAUUUAAAAUUUGAAGGUUGCCAUCUGGCACUGGAGCAGCAGUUGGAAAGUCACUUGGCAGAGAUUAAGAAGUCUGGUCCAUACUGUAAAAUUUUUUGCCAGUAGAUACUUAAGCCAUGGAGACCCACUCUUCCUUUUUUCCAUGAGCUGAGAUUGUUAAUAUGGAGUGAACAUACAGAGCUAGAUUGAAUGUAAAAAUAACCCAGUAAAAGAUGGAAGAGCCAGGCACUGGGCCACCUAUAAAUAUUUGAUCUCUCUAAGAAUGAGAUUAAACAAGGGCAUUGUCUUUUCCUUGAAUGAGGUUCUAUUUCCACUUGGAAAACUGUCGACGAUGAUAUACGGUGGACUGGCAGCAUUGGUGUUUUCCGGCUACAUCAUAUACGACACUGACAAUUUGAUCAAAUGAUUUACCUAUGAUCAAUAUAUCUGGGCUGCAGUUUCACUGUAUCUUGAUACUGUAAAUUUGUUCCUUUCGUUACUCACUUUGUUCAGGGCUGCUGAUAGUUGAAAAUUAUUAGUAAUGUAACUUGAUAUAUUUUCUCUGUU